AUUAAGUUGGUGAAUUUUAAAAGUUAAGAAAAAGAAAAAGUAAAGAAGAAAGAAAAAAGAAAAAAGAUGGAAUAUGAAGAGGAGCAAGAGGGCGAGAUCCCGAGUUACGACGAGUCAACCCGCGCCGCCUCCCCCCCCUCGGCGGCGCCGCCCCCCCUCCGCAAGUCCCGCUACAAGGAGUGCCUCAAGAACCACGCCGUCGGCAUCGGCGGCCACGCCGUCGACGGCUGCGGCGAGUUCAUCGCCGACGGCGAGGACGGCUCCCUCGAGUCCCUCCGCUGCGCUGCCUGCUCCUGCCACCGCAACUUCCACCGCAAGGAGGUCGCGGACGGAAGCGCCGGCGGCGCAGCGUUCUUCCCCUUCCAGCACCACCAGCAUCAGCAUCAUCAUCAGCUGGUGCUGGCCCACCAUGGGCACUUUGGGUACCGCGCAGCAGAGACUGGCGGCGGGUACCUUCACGUGCCCCAGCAGAAGGCAGCGCUGCUGGCGCUGCCCUCUAGCUCAGGGGGUGGGGGAUCUAGGGAGGAGGCGGACGAGUAUAAUUAUUACUCGGGGCCCGGGGGAGGCGGGGGAGGGUCCCAAAAGAAGCGGUUUCGGACGAAAUUCAGCCAGGAGCAGAAGGAGAGGAUGCUGAGCUUUGCAGAGAGGUUGGGGUGGAAGAUUCAGAAGCAGGAUGAGGAGAUUGUGCAGCAUUUCUGUGAUGAAUUGGGGAUCAAGAGACAUGUGCUUAAGGUUUGGAUGCAUAACAACAAGCACACUCUUGGUAAGAAAACCUAGUCAAUUUUUAAUUCAUCCUCUUUUUGUUUAAUCAUCAGUCUCUAUAUAUGUGUGUCUAGGUGUUUGUCUUUGCUAAAUUUGUAAUAUUAGGGUAUGGAAAUUGUGUUUCAAUUCCUCAACAUUCUUGCUUAGCUAAUGUUAUGAUGAUGAUCCAUGAGUUUCCAACUAGGGUUUUCUUUUCCCCAUUUUGGGCUAAAAUGUCUCUUGCUUGUUGCUUUAAUUGGUGAAUUAUGGGUUUGUUUAA